AUGUUUGCGACGCUUCGAACCGAAGACCGAGAUGGAGAGGUCGUAUGCAUUUCAAGUACACAUCAACUACCGCAACCGGGUCAGAACACAAACCAUUUUGCUUGUGACGGCUGCCGAGCAAAGAAGUUGAAAUGUACUGGACACAGAUUUGGCUGUCAACGAUGCCGAGACCGAAAUCUAGCUUGCACAUAUUCGAAUACUCUACCACAAAGGCGUCGCAAAGGUGGAAGGCCCCCAGCGCCGCACAAAAGCGCAACGCCUCGCGAGAUCACGCCGUCUACGUCAGAAGAACCGCCGAUGAUGGCCCCUUCUGAUUCACCCAAAGAGCGAUUACAAUCGGCGUAUCCGGAGCAGUUGUCUGAACCCAAAUGUGUGUCAAAGGGUGCUGCAUCGGAUCAAAUCUUGUCACCGGAGCGAGCCGAGAUUGACAUGGACUCCCAGUCAACCAAUUUGCUCAUCCAAACUCCGACAUUCGUUGGCUCGGGCCAAUCACCAAGCGCCCUGCUGGAGGAGGAGUCGUCUGGCACACCGCCUGACUUUGAGGAUCUGGCCCUUCCAGAUUACAUGGAGUCAGACUUACAUGAGUUUGACAUGGACGACUUACAAUUACUCGAUGCCGAGAUAAACCUGUCUGAACAGGAAGCUGAAGGCCAUGACUUAAGCAAAGCAUUUGCAUCCAGUACAACCCCAUUCAACGUCCAAAUCACACGGGAAACUAGCUUUGCUAGGAGCAGUUCGUCGUCAGAUGAUUCUCAAUGGAAUGCUAUUCAGCGGCCCAAGAGCAAUCACAUAAGGGAUGACACCUCUCAUGAUAUCUCUCAUGAUAUCUCUCAUGAUUUCGUUGCCCCUAAACGGGCGCCGUCUAGUCUCUCAUCGCACGGUAUCAGCUCCACGGUGCCUUUCACCCCUCACCACCACCCAAACAGCUUUUCUUUAAAUGCUCCAAGUCAGUUGCUUGUUAACCGCAGCCAUGGCAGCCCAAUCACUGGGCCGGGGUCACAGACGAGCGUCGCAGCCACAGCGCCUUGCCGCUGUGUUGGCGUAACGCUGAAUUUGCUUGAAAAAAUGCAGACGCAGAGCAAAGUAACAACCUUUUGUGUGGCGGAAACCUCCCUACAUCUGCUUAAAAAGUCGAUAUCCCAAUGCCGAUCUAUAAGUCAUUGCUCUUCGUGCCGGAAUCGUUCUAGGGUAAUGACAUUCUCAAUAUUGCUAGCCGAGAAGAUUAUGGCUAUAUUAGAGGAUAUUGCAUCUGUGUGGGAAUGUGCUUCUCAAGCCUCAAAUCUCGGAGAUGACGGCAGGAUUGAGGCAUACGGACAUGCACACCGUUGGAUUCCUGUAUUGCUGGGACAGUAUCAGAUUGAUACUGUCCAUGAACGUUGCGAGAUUUUUGGUUUCUUGAUUCUGCUGCAAGUACGGCAGCUUGGAGGCUUCUUGGAAUCUUUGCGCAAUUCAGUUGACAGACAGAGGUGGGCGCCACACGAGAAUUCGCUACGGCCCAUCUGUCUCCGUCUCGAGGAGCUACAAGAAGCUUUGAGCGGGCAUACAUGA